AUGGUUAUCUUCCCCGCUACUGAAGAGCCUGCAGAGUUCAACAACAACUAUAUCUUCUACUGGAACCAUGUCGGGCUGCAAUUCAAUAGGCUCACUCACUCUAUUGGCGGUCCUCAAGCUGGUCCACCGAUCAGCGCACGAGCUCUGGGCAUCUUGCAUCUAGCCAUCCAUGAUGCAUACUUUGCUCUCAGACCUGACCAGUCGGGCUCAUUCCGCACCUACCUGACAGUUGAUGACCCAAACCCUGCUCAACGCUUGCCCACCAUCGCUGGCGAGACUGAUACACGCCAGGCCGUGGCUGGAGCGGCUAUCAGAGUAUUGAGCAGGCUGUAUACACAACGCAGCCUUGCUGUAGCCGUCAAUGUUACGCAUCAGCUGACGCAGUUUCUGAAUCAAUCCAUUAUCGACUUUGCCGCCCUGGACGUGCUUUCUUCGAGCUACCAGUUUGGAGUCGCUGUUGCCGAUGCAAUGUUGGCACUACUGAUCAGGCCUGGAGAGCCGGGUGGUGAUCAGACCGGCUACCGACCCAAGGAGGGGUUAUAUGGCUUCGAUGAUGAUCCGACUCACCCGGUGCGCCUUCUGCCAGUUGACCCGAACGAUCCGACUGGACCCAAAGUCCCUACGCGUGUUUACGCUGCGCCGUUCUACGGGAUGACUGCCAGCAGGUUUGCGGUGCAGAGCGAGCAUAUUAUCGCAGACCCCCCUGUCGGAUUUAGGUUAAACGAGCAACAAGAGUUCGACGAGCAACAAGAGUAUGACGACGCCCUCCGGGAUGUCAGACGUAUGGGCGGUGCCCCCGAACUCAACUCUACCACCCGACUGCCUCAUCAGACUGUAGCCGCGUACUUCUGGGCCUACGACGGCGUCAAUCUGAUCGGUACUCCGCCUCGGCAGUAUAACCAGAUCCUCCGUGUCAUCGCAUGGGAGCGGAAGACUGAUCCAGCCCCUGACGCCGAAGCCAACAACGCGCACUUUGCACGUCUGCUUGCCCUAGCCAACGUCGCCAUGACAGACGCGGGCAUAAUCUGCUGGCGCGAGAAGUACUGCUUCGAGUUCUGGCGCCCUCUCUCCGGCGUGCGCGAGGACCCGCGCAGGUCCUACGCUGACCCCUUCUGGCUCAGUCUCGGCGCCCCCGAGACCAACAGGAACGAGAUAUCAUUCAAGCCGCCCUUCCCCGCCUACCCCUCCGGCCACGCGACCUUCGGCGCCGCGGCGUUCCAGAUCGCCCGCCUCUUCUACAGCCAGGGCAGCAGCGUCGACAUCGCGUCCAACACUGCCGACAACAUCAGCUUCAGCUUCGUGUCUGACGAGCUGAACGGCAAGAGCCGCGACCUGCGCGAGCCAUACGAUGACAACCGCCGCAUCGAGGACCAAGUCGGCACGGUGCGCACGCGCGUCAAGCGCCACUUCGGCAGUCUGUGGGAGGCUAUCUGGGAGAACGCUAUCAGUCGCAUCUGGCUGGGUGUGCAUUGGCGCUUCGAUGCGUUUGCGGCUGAGGACGUGCUGGUGCCGAGAUCGACUGGGGAUGUGGAGCCUUACAAGGUGCUCCCAGACGGCACCACUGCCUACAAGGAUCCGGGCGAGAUUAGCUACGACGCCAUGUCCAAGCGGCAUGAUCGUGACGGUGUGUUCCCCAUUGGUGGGGUCCCGCUGGGGAUUGGGAUUGCGAAUGAGAUCUUUGCGACGGGGAUGAGGCCGACGCCGCCGGAGCAGCAGCCUGAUGGGCGACAUCGGUGCGGUACUGGUGGGACGAUGAGUGAGUUGAUGCAGAGUGGGCAGUCGAGCUCGGACUUUGAGGAGGUUUUGAGAUAG